AUGAACAAUAAUACAGUCAUACUUACUACACUUAAUGAAGCAUGGUCGGCACCAAAUUCGAUGCUUGAUCUUUUUCUCGAGAGUUUUCACAUUGGAGAACAAGCUGAGCAACUUUUAAAACAUGUGGUUAUCAUAGCCAUGGAUCCAAAGGCAUUUGACAGAUGCAAGUCAAAACACUCUCAUUGCUAUUACCUCAUCACUGAAGGCGUGAUUUUUUCUGCUGAGAAGAUAUACAUGUCCCCAGACUACCUGAAGAUGAUGUGGAAAAGGCUUGAAUUCCUAGGGACUGUUUUAGAGCUGGGAUACAACUUCGUUUUUACGGACAUGGAUAUUAUGUGGUUCAGAAGUCCUUUCCCGCACUUAUCUGGCAAUGCUCACUACAUGACAGCCAGUGAUACGUUCAAUGGAAAUUCUUCUGAUCUACAGAAUUGGCCCAAUAAUGGAUUUGUUUACGCAAAGUCUUGUGAACAAACAAUUGACUUCUAUAAGUAUUGGUACCUGUCUAGGAAACUGUAUCCUGGUGAUCAUGAACAAAAUGUAUUAAAGAAUAUCAUAGCUGACAGCAAUUUUCCCAACUUUGGACUGCAGAUGAGAUUCCUGGACACAACUUAUUUUGGUGGGUUUUGUGAACUUAGAAAGGAUCUAAACAAGCUUUGCACAAUGCAUGCAAACUGCUGCAUCAGUAUGAAGAGAAAGAUCUAUGACCUGAGAAUUGUUCUCGACGACUGGAAAAACUACACAGCUCAACCAGCUAGCAGAAACUAA